CGCUUUCCUGUCUUACAAGCAGAGCUGCGAAUGAUUUUGGCGGGGAGGAGAUAAAGAGGGAGGGGGGAAGGGGAGAGAAACAGAAGAGGUGAUCUCGCGCUCUGAGGCCGUUGGUGUCAAAGUCAGUUAGCCAGGUGUCUCGUGUAUGCUGUGUGAAGUUUUGAGGCCAUGAGGUUGAGUGUGUUUCUGGCAGGAGAUCUGUAGAAAACCUUUUAUACCAUUUCUUUUAUUUUUUUCUCUCUCUAUCCUUUCCCAUUGUUCAGUCGUUGGGAAGAGUUUUUUUUUUUUGGGGGGGGGGGUCAACACAACCACUCUUAAGUCUCCUCCCCCCUCCCUCCUUUUCUUUCCCCCUUCCCUUACCCAUUGUGUCUUCAACUCUGGAGCACGCAUGGCUAAUCAAUCGGCCAUAAUGGGACGGAGUGUUGGCCAAUCAGGAUAGCCCGCCAUCACUCCUUAAGGUCUCAGGUCUCCGGGUCUCUCUCUGGUCAUGUUUUCUCCUUCAGCGUCACAUCAGACGGAGUUUUCCAGCCCUCACUUUGAUCCGGUGCAGUGGAUUAGCCAGGCACUGAUGGAGCCAAGCUGUUUUGACAUGAUUUUAGUUUUGACAAUCCCCCAGUGUCUGCCUCUCCGUGCGGAGUUUGAUGCCAAGUUCAAGGAGAGUUGAGGAGUCUUGUUUUCAGUUUGGGUCUUUCUCUCCCACAGGGGAAUAAUAAGAACUGCUCUCAUGCUCUUAACUCUUGUCAGUUGCUUCUGCUGGGAUGGAAAUUAGGUUGGCCAGGUUAGCUUUAAUCUUCAUUUUCCUCACAUGGUCUUCUUUUACCCAGUUUGCAUUGCGGUGGCUGAAUAGCUGCUUUGUUGGAUGCUGCAGCCAGAAGACCCAGUGAAGUCUUGGCUAAAGUAACUUUAUCAGACAUGUUGUGGACGUACUCGCUUUGCACCUACCAGCCACCUUGCAUCUUCAAAAAACACACUUGGGGUGCUUCCAUCAAGUCCCCGCAGCAGCGUCCAGCAGAGCAUUAAUGAAUUAAGAAAUGAAUUUCCGUAUUUAUUUUCCCCGACAGUAGUCGCCCUGCAGUGUCAGUGUGCUGGAGUUUAGCACACACUACAUACACUAUACCAGAAGAAUUCCCUCAUGCUGCCUCAUAUCUGAUUUACAUAAAGCAUUAUUACAAUAUGCUUCACAAUAGGUGCCAGUUAAAACCACUCAGCCAUUGUUUGCGUGUUGCUAAUCAGAUUAGCUCGUUGAUUAUGAGUAAUUCAAUCACCGAAAGAUAAACACUUCAUUAGGAUUGUUUGGGACCAGCGGCGUGAAAUAAAUUCAAGUUUGUUUUUUCUCCUCUUUCUGUCAUUGAAUGCUUGAUAACCUAUCGGUCCAGUCCUGAUAUCAUUUUCAUGAAAUCUUGACUGCGAAAAGAGAUUGUUGUGCCGCGGGUGCAAAGUUUUCAAACCCGCUUCUUCAAAGGGAAAUCCACCCCUGCGUGGAUUGAACCUGUUGCUGUCGUUCAGUACACUUCCCCCCCCCGAAAGAAUUUGCCCUGAAGGCAGCGGCGUUGAGAGGAGGAGAGGCGUGAACAUGUUUGACAGUAAACAUCCAGACUGUCUGUAAAUAUCCGUCCCCACAUCGCAGUAUGUCUUCAUCGUCCUCCGGCUGAUUGAAUCCAUGUGUAUGUAAUCUCAUGUGGUCUUCACUUCCUGUUCCCGUCAGCGAGUGAAGAAUGUAGUUCUCAUGCAAUGUCGCCCGUUUUGGUUUCAACUCAUCAGCACAUUGAAGUAGACGAUGACUAGAAAGCGACCUUUUUGUCAAAUACAGAAGUUGGUCAGACACCUCUGGCACUGUGUAUCACUCUAGCUGCCCACAGUGGGAGGGUGUUUUUUUUCUGUUCUACAUAUAUGCCGCAGAGGGGAGGAAGUCAUACGUGUCACAUCCUGUUGGAGGGGACAGGUUGUGGGCCUGCCAGCUCUGGGGGAGGUGGAGGGGAGAGGUUGGGAAAUGCCAGUCUGUGGUGUCCUCAACUGCAGUGCUGUGGCAGUAUUAUGCCUCGAGCAAGGCAUUGUGGGUCGUUCGUCACAGCGUCUUUUGGUUCUGGGACGAUAAUGUGAAGUUACAGAAAUUGGUCUCUGGCUUGCACAAACACGGUUAUUUACUUUACACUCGGUUGUUUGUUCCUCAGAAAGAGAACUUUCAUAGUUUGUCGCUCUUGCAUCCUCUGCUCCUCUUCGCGGUGCGAUUUGUACACAGGAAAGGAAAAUGGUGAUCUGACAAAGAGACCUAAAUAGCGGCGCAUCUAAGGACAACUUAGUGGUGCUACUGUGAGGAGAAAAUAACCAACAACUUCAAGAGUAGAAGUUGGCUCUGAACAGCGCGACACUUCUCAUUUCUUUUUCAUUAAGCGGCGUCCACCGCUGAACCAUUGGAACCAGCCGGACCCCGCUUCAUACUUGAUGGUUGUGUGAUUUGCUGCACCGAGGGUUUGUGCUUGGUACCCUGUAGUUCCUCUGCUGCAGCUGUGGAUGGGUCUGCGGCUGGACUCUCCCGUUUCCCUAACCUCGUUUCUCAGAAAUGUUACACGUGUGGUCGGUUAGCCGACAGUCCUGAGAGCCAUCCUGAACAGCAGGCUCUUAUAGUUGUACUCGGCACUUCAAUGACCGCUCCCGCUGUGUUGGGCUUUGCUUUCCUGCACUCUCAGUCUCUGCUGACAGCUAUCGAUUCAAACCGUGCUCACUCGUGUUGUUUUUUUUCUUUUGCCCAGUACUGUUUUUGUAGCAUUUAUCUCAUCUCUCCCCGGCCAUGCCCUUUACCUCAAUGACCCCUCCCUCCACAGCUCUCUCUCUCUUCCUCUCUUCUCACUCUUCCAGUCUUUUUUUUAAGGCUCUUUGGGACAGGUCAUUAUCAACACCACCAGAAGAGAGCUGUAUUUCAACACCGAGCAGGCACCAUCUGCUUCGCUCCGCGUUGAGGGCCAGGGGUCGCAUUCUCAGUGGGCCGACGUGAGUGACGAGGCUGAAAGAUGAUGUGGGCCAGUAGCAUUCUUCAGACCUUUUUUUUGUGCCGCCGUCAUCGACCUCACCGAACCUCAUCGUCUUACACUGCGGCGGGGAGAAACACGUCUUUUUUUAAAAACCGCAGCAUUCCUUUGGUUUCUAAGUACGGAUGGGGGACUGAGUGAGAGGGAUUUCCCCUUAGAUGUUAAUGACAGCCCAGUACGACCCUCCUCCAUCCUCCCAGCCCCCUUAUGUCGACCUCCCUCUGUCACCUACCUACUGUAAACACACCGCGUCGUCUCCCUCAAACACAUUGCUGCAUUAAGCUAGUGGCCUCUGCCCCCUUUUUUAAAAAUGUGCAUACACUUGGACUUGUUUUUUUUUUUUAAACAUGCUUCAGAGUUGUGGUUGGCCCAAUAACGGAUCAUUAAAACAGUAGACAUAAUAUUAACGCUUCUUGGAGAGGGGAAAGGAAAUUUUAAGCCGGCAGAGUAAAUCUCAUUUGCAAGCGCUGCCACAAUAUAGUAUCAUGUGUUUAAGGUUCCUGUGUUUGGCCGAUGCUGUCAUCGUUUUGACUGUACAACCCCGACAUGAAUACUUUCGCUCUUCUUUGACGAAUGCACCUGAACGAUCACCUGAUUUGUCCACGGAUGAGUCAUGUUUUGUGUUUCUCCGAAGACAUGCACACCAAAGGGCGAUUGCCACGUCUCAAUAUACGGGAGCUGACAAAUGCUGCUGCUUGGCGUCAAACCCAAUAUGGGCCUCCUGAAGCAGUGCUUGCACUUAUGAUUGCUUCAAAGUUGUUGUCUAUGAAGCUUUUACAUAUUUUGGUCAAGUGUCUCCAAGUUAAAAAAAGAAGAGAAUACUCUUACUAAUACCAGUACCUUUAAAGUACUACUGAUAGCAAUAGAGUACUCAGUUCGAUACCCAUCAUGUGAAUGGAAGCUGUGUGAGUUACUGCUGUGAAUAGCAGCCCACGGGGGCGGGAUGGUGUGGACGCUUAAGCAUAGUGUGCACCCCCUUGUUCCCUCUGGAGAAGUUUCUGUUCUACUUGGUACUGGGUUAUUUUGGUCAAUACCUUAAAGGUAUCGAUACCCAGCCCUAGUGCCUCCCCACGUUCAGUUUCAGCAUUGGGGUAUUUUUUUUAAAGUCUGCAAAGCCUGUAUAUCAAAAUGUUAAAAGAAAAAAACUUACUGACAUGACUUGGAUAUCAGGAGUCUGUUUUUAUGACUGAUGUUGUAUUUCUAAAUAGAGCUGUUCCUGUGAAACACAUACGUAUUGCUUUUGGCAUCUGAACCUUUAUUUCAGUAGAUUACAGCUAGAUAUGCACUGUGGGUUUAAGCCAUCUAUUCACUCUGCAUAACAGAUUGUGUGUCUUACUGUCACAGUUGGGGGUAAGUUCCAUUAGUUGGUUAGUGUCGGUACUCAUUAUCAGGAAAACAAGCAAUUAAAGUAGGACUGGAAAUGGUGGGGAUGUGCUUUAAAUUUAAAUGAAUGUGUUUAAAGUGCUUGUGUCCCAAGAUGAGAGGGUGUAGUUCUCAUACCUGACUGUAAAACUACUCCAUGACAUUUUUCUAUGGUAUUAAAUUGGGCAUAUGUUAAUCCUGUAUUCCUGUGACACACUUAUAACUGUCAGUCAACUCUAGUGCAUAUAACCUCUUUCUGGACCUUCCAGCAGGCGUACACCUUAACGAUCUCUUCCUCUUUAGAGGGAGCCACCAAAGCACCAGUGGAAAUGUCAUCUCCAGUUUAAAAAAAAAAGAGAGAGAGGGAAAUCUACUUGCAUAGCCACACAGAGACACAUGCAGGAAAUAUGCAACUGAACUCAUGGGAGCCAUGUUUUUCUUCUUUUUCUUUUUUAAAUAAGAGCUUUCCAUCAGCAGACAGGGUUUAAGAGCUGUCAGUAACGAUGUGUGAGUAGAAGAACAGACACGAUGCCUUCUUCUCCCAAACACACAACCCCCUAAGGAGUGACUGCAGAGCUUUUGAACAUAUGCUUAAGACAGACUGAAGACAGGAGGGGGAGGGGAGAAGAAAACCAAGUACCUUGUACCUCGCAACAAAAUGCACUUUUACAAUCCAUCAACAACAAUACAAAAUGUAAAGUUUUGGGUAUAUUUAGGUGUCAGUCAUCAACCACACUCAUUGAAACAGUUUGACUCAUCUGCACUAAUUACAAGUUGUGCAUGGCAUGAUUCAUUUUACUUUUUGUCUCCUUCACCCCCUAUAUUGUCCUUAUUGUCAGAACAAUAACGUACAAAAACCUACUUUCUCAUAAAAUCUAGAGCCGGGCUGAAAAGUGGUGAAUUGGCGCUUCACCACUUUGGUUUUUAAGAGGCCACUCAAGAAGACAAUGAAGGCUUUGUUCCAGGCAUCGCCGCAUUCAAGUUUCACUCUGCGAAUAUUAAAUGUAGAAUUGGAUGAGAUGUGCCUGAUGGGAAUUUAAUGAAAGGCUUGAGAGGGGAGUGUUGAGUUAUGCGCGAGUCUCGAGUGGGAAGGGGAUUCUCUGUUACAGCAAAAUACAAAACUAUCUGAUCGGAUGGGAACACUUUGUGUUGGUUUUCCAGGAGGAUUACAUUACAGGUCAGUUUUAACUUAAGGAAAUGGGUUCGAUGCUUCGGGAUGGUGGUUAUUGAUAUCCGUCAGCUAAAUAUUUACAUGUUGCAUACCUCUAGAAGUAUUAACAUGAUGUAUGACUUCUCUGUGAGGGCUGAGGCCAGACAAGAAUGCUGCCUGAAAGCAGUUUUGUGUUUUCUGGUCUGCACUCAGCUAUGCUGGCGUUCAGCAUUAACAAGAAUAAAAUGUCGGACUGUAAUGUUUUCAUGGGAAUCUGUUGAGCACGCUCUAACUUUAAGAGUGUACACUUUGUCACUUUUGUCCUGCCUACAAUAAUGCAAUUACAAGAGUUUGUAUUGUCACGUGAUUUUGAAGGAAAUUAAAGCAGAUGCCGAGAUAUUGGACUUUUAGUCCCCAGUUUGGGUUUUAAUUCAAAACUACUGGAUCCUACAAUUAUCUUAAUGCAGCUUGAUAUCUUUUUUUAUUAGUUUGUAACGCAAGCUUUCGGGAUUUCACUGGUUAUAGACAGGGCCAUUCACGUUAUCUCCGCCAGCCACCGUAGUUGUCCUUGGCACACAGCAGAAAUUUCAGUUGGUUGCACUCCGCAACCUCACCGCUAGAUGGCGACGAAUCCUACACACUGCUCCUUUUAUAGCAACAAACGUUUUUAAUGUGGAUGUUGUCUCGCAUAGCCCGACCUAUGUCCACACUGUUAUGGCGCUUGAGAAAGGUCCGUCGGGGUACUUCAAAAUUCCGGACUAAAGGGAGGUGUUAAGCCUAGGAUGCAGUGACGGUGCCCUUUCAAGAUGGAUAGCGCAAGAAGCGGAAGUGGGCAAUGGCAGGCUUAUAAGCACAGUGUAUACAUCUUGUGAGUCAGACUGACGCGGAUGUAAAUACUGUGGUUUUGUCUGCUGUGGAGUCCCUGGCGACAAACAGGAAACUACCAUAAUGCAGAUAAAACAACCAACAGAAACACAUUUUUUUUCGUUACUGUUUGAGUGAAACACGAGCGCUUUUCACCAACAUGACAACAUGGUCUUGUCUUUCAGACAGUGUUAAUACUCUGCAGACCCUGAAUAAACAGCGCAGUGUCAUCUUCAGAAAUCUAAAGAUGAAUAUAAAAAAAAAUGCCAAUGAUGAAACUUGAAACAGCCCUCAGUGUUAAGUGCCCUCAUUUGAAGAUGAACGAGUCUUCUCUUUGAUGGGAUCUAUCCAUUCAUGCAAAGGAAAAACCUGAACUUGUCUCCAUUCAUUAAACAAAGCUCUCUAAUCCUUAAAUACCGCUUUUGCAUGUCACGAGGCCAAAGAAAGCAAUCUUCACGCGUAGCGUCCGUCUGCCGUUUUAAUACAUUUAUUUUCAUUCGGGUCAAAUGUGUUUUCUCAAUGAGGGGUCAGUUGAGGUUAAUCGAUGCACCUGUUUGGUCCUCUGCACAGGUCCGAUUCCCACAUCAUUCAUUUGAAUGAAAUGUGCACCUCACCGUGUCUCUCCCGUUCAGUCGCUCUUCAAAGGGAGUUUAUUCCAGUGAAGUCUCACAUGUCUUGUUCUAUUUUUAAGGCCCCCGGUUUAUCUGGUUGGAGAACAGUUCGGAUCCAACGGUCGAGGCCACUGAUCUGAGUCAUACUGUACUGUCUGUAAUGAGGUUACUCAUCCAGAAACGUAGCUCACCGCAGCGAAGGUUAUCAACGCUGUCUUUGUGGAACAUCGUAACGCUUGAAUGCGGAUCUGACUCAUGAGGAGACACUUUGUUGUGGAUGCAAAUGGCAAAACUGUCGCUCUGAUACACAAGGGGCAUAAAUAACGAUUGCUCCUGGCCGGCUCACCCGUAACCCCGAGAAUGAAAUCAUUGGGAAAUAAUGCCGAUGAAACUUUUCUGACUCUGACUUGUUCUGCCGCUUGCCGUUGCAUGUGUGUCGCCAGUUCUUGUUGCUACGCCCGUGUGGUUGCUUCUGCUACAGUUUGUCUACUCUUAGAGAGCAGCAGAUGGCCCAGGGCUUGGCAUUGUCACAGUGCCCGGGAGACAUUUUUGGCUGCAGACCUGGAAGUAUGUCAUUAGAGCUAAUCUGCGUUCUGUCAUUCAAGAGGCUACUGAUGCAAUCGGGGCUCAAUGUAAUACGAGUUGAGUGCAGGGUCGGCCAAAUGACACUAUGCAACCAUUUGCAAACAUCUCACAGGCGAAAGAUAAAUCGAUCCAAAUACCGGGGGAUUAUUGUAUCACUUUCCGAGACACUGUGUUUCUGUGUCGGGUUUCUUGAGGACGGCGACGCUGCACAGGAUCAGCUUUAGUCCACCGGGAUGCGGCAUUAACAGGAGGUUCAGGUUACAGCGUGGAUUAAACCAUGUCAUUGUUUUCUACUGAUGGUGGGGGGGAGUUUCCUAUUCCUCCAAGAUUUUAGCAAUGGAUUUGUUGAGUUUUAGCCAAGCCACAUGUGGCAUCACAUCCCUGUUCAUCUAUGACUGUUGAAGGUGUGGUUCCCUCCUCAUGGUCCAAAAUUGUAGCUUGGAGAAGGGAAAAAAGGGGUAUUGAGUUCAGAGAGGUUCAGCUGACUGUUUCUUUUUUUUUCUUUUUUAAGGUGCAACAUACAGGAUUCAGAGCAUUAGGCCUGAGCGAUGUGGCCAAUAUCCUCUAUCACGCUAUAGGUCAUUUCAUAAGUCGAUAACUAUAUAUAUCGCUGUAUAGCAUGUUUUCUGGUAAUUCGAUAAAUACAUAGUUUUAUGAAAUGACCACAUUCACACUCGUAAUAGUUUUUAGUUUUGAUUUUGUUUCUCAUUUAAUUAAAAAUUUAGUGCAAAAUAAUCAGAUUUGUCAGUGCUUGUUUUUGUGUAUCGCGAUAUCCCAAUAUAUGAUUUUAUCCCGAUAUGAUUCCAUUAAAAGACAAAUUUUCAUAUUGAAUCAUCGCCCAGCAUUAUUUAGCAGCUGUAAGCUGUUAGCAUCGUUAGCUGUGAGCCGGCGGAUCAGCCGACACGACGUUGAGAGCCAAUCGAAAUGCUCCCAAUCUGGUAUUUACGCAGCACCUUUAAUUCAGUUCAACCACCUCUUGUUUCAUUAAGAGGUGGUUGAACUGAAUCUUUUGAUACCAUCAACUGUCAACCUCCCCCAUGGUGUAAAUGUGUGUUUCUGCUUCCUGUGAGACAUGUGGUCCCAGUUGUGCCCUCAAAUUAAAAGCACCCACAGUGAUUAUUAUCAACACCUUUCCCAGGACAAAGUCACAGAGAGCCAAAGAGGGCCUUUUCUUUGUUUCUUUGUGGACAGUCUGUGCGUCAUAGCUGCAGGAAAAGCUGGAAAAUGUAUCCUCUUAGCGAGAUCACAUGCCUCUCUACCUCCGUCUCACACUCUCCGUCUUAUCUGAGGGCCCAGGAAAAAGCUGUCAUUUGUACUGCAUUCAAAUCCUUACCAAAAACAUAUUACAGGCAGGCUGUCUCUGCGAUACGACAGACAAAUCAAAAGCACAAAGGCUUCUAUGUUCUUCAGCAAAAAUAGCUUUCAGAUGCUGGAGCCUUGAACUCUCGCUGUUAUAUGAGAAAACAUAAUCGGCCCAAAACAGAGCCUGAAUCCAUCGCAGCUGCAGUAUACCGUACCAGUACAUAGUCAGGACGACUGUCGGCUUCAGGUGUGUGUGAGUGUGUGUGUGUGGGUCUGUGGUUUGUAGAGUGUGUGACUGCAAACCUCACACAGACAGUACCACAAGUUUCUGAAACGCAGCACAGGAAAUGUUGUCUCCUCCUACAUUGAGAGAAGAGGUCGCUGCUGCAAGCACAUACUAGCACAUUUGGCAGAGCGGAGUUGUGUUGCAGAGGUGCCUUGGCACACACGGCCUUCGUCUUCUACACAACCAUCUCCUUAAAGCGAGGUAUAAGCUGCGAUUUGUUAGUUGGCAGCGCUUUCUCCCCACAAGGGUCAGAGGUCAGUCUGAGCCACAGCAACAUGUCGGAGUCCGCCAAGCCCCACCACCCUAACCCGCAAGGAAAGGGGGAGAAGAGCCAUGGCAGCGACUUCAGCUACGUGGGCAUCGAUGCCAUCCUGGAGCAGAUGAGGAGGAAGGCCAUGAAGCAGGGCUUCGAGCUCAACAUCAUGGUUGUGGGGCAAAGCGGCCUGGGGAAGUCCACUCUGAUGAACACCUUGUUCAAAUCCAAGGUGAGCCGUAAGUCGGUGCAGCCGAAUCCGGAGGAGAGGAUCCCCAAGACCAUCGAGAUCAAGUCCAUCAGUCACGACAUCGAGGAGAAAGGAGUGAGAAUGAAGCUGACGGUAAUUGACACUCCGGGCUUCGGGGAUCAGAUCAACAAUGAAAACUGCUGGCAGCCCAUUAUGAAGUUCAUCAAUGACCAGUAUGAAGCCUACCUGCAGGAAGAAAUCCACAUCAACAGGAAGAAGAGGAUCCCGGACUCCAGGGUGCACUGCUGCAUAUACUUCAUUCCUCCCACAGGCCACUGCCUGAGGCCUCUGGAUGUGGAGUUCAUGAGGCGUCUGAGCAAGGUGGUCAACAUCGUCCCCGUCAUCUCCAAGGCCGACACACUCACCCUGGAGGAGAGGGACUACUUUAAGCAGACGAUUAGGGAAGAGCUGCGAGCCAACGGCAUCGACGUUUACCCCCAGAAGGAGUUUGACGAGGACGCAGACGACAGGAUGAUCAAUGACAAAAUCAGGGAGAUGAUCCCUUUUGCUGUUGUGGGCAGUGACCAGGAGUACCAGGUGAACGGAAAGAGGAUUCUGGGAAGGAAGACAAAAUGGGGCACCAUAGAGGUUGAGAAUAUUGCACACUGUGAGUUUGCUUACCUGCGAGACCUCCUCAUCAGGACACACAUGCAGAACAUCAAGGACAUCACAGGCAGCAUCCACUACGAGACGUAUCGUGUCCGCCGGUUAAAUGAGUCCAACGGCCACUUCACCUCUCACCUGUCCGACCAUCCAGAUGUCCAGCCGACGUCCAACGGACAGCCCGAGGAGCAGCCCGAAGAGCAGCCCAGCGGCGCCCCGCAGGCCAACGGAGUGGCCGCUCAGCACGAAGUCCGGUCCCACGAGAUGUAGAGUGAAUAUAUGAUGUCAGGAUUUACAUGAACAAGCCCACAUGCACACAAACGCACACACACACUCAUGCUGUGAAGCCUAUCUUUUUGUUACCUAGAAGGACUAACUACCUAACCACAGGAAGUUCCACGACACAUGAUUCAGAGUAAAUCCAAACAUUUUCCCCCCUUCAUUACAAUUCUUAGCAAAAUGAUUUCUUUCCUGCAAAUCCACAUACUGUACAGGACUCCCCCAUCCGUCUGACUGCACAAUGCAAACUGCAUUCAGGGUUGUUUACAACAAUAAACCAUGAAACUUGUCAGGUAAACAAAAGUAAAUCUAUACGUUUCAAUGCGGAGCUUUGGCUGCUGGGUUUAGUUGUAGAGCAGAUUUUGAUCAGAACCAAUGAGCAUGAUGGAAAAGGGGUGCCCAUAAGAAAGGGAUAAGAAAGGCCUGUUGUGUUCAGAAUACCUUUGCAGGAUCUUGGGUUGACAGGUUUAGCCAUUCAAGGUUGUCCAGAUGAGGAUACAUGGCAUAAUUCAAAAAGUACAGCAUAUCAGAUACACAUUAGCUCUAAACUAAGAUGAACUGUCGGUGCCAAUGGCCUGGUCUGCUUUGUGUUGUGGUGUAUAGUUUUGUAUAGGAACUAAGGUUAAGUAGGGAUAUUUAGAUUAGGUUCAUAGUCUCAUGGAGAAAGUAAAGAUAUUGUUGACAUCUCCGCACUGCAAAAUAAUAAUAAAAAACUAAAGCAGUGGCAGUGUGGAGCAGCUUUCGGAAGAAUUAGUCCCCAUUGUCAUUUUUCCAUUUUAUGUUUUUAAACCCCCCCCCCUUUUUUUGCCAAACCACCCUGUCUCUUUCUAUAUAAUGCCAAUGUUGUGUAAUAGUCAUACCUUCUGCCUUUUACAUUUACUAUUGUAUUUUUAUUGCUGUUGUUCAUGUUCUAAUGUUAUUGUAUACAAUGGGAGUUGUGGAGGAAUCUGUGCAACUGUUGUCCCAUGCAUUCGUUUUUGUCCAUUUUUAUCCCGACCAAAUAAAAGUCAUUUAUUUUCUGUUCUAAAGAGAAGCACAUACAGUAUAUAGAGUUGAUUUAUGAAUAGAUAUUUAUGUUGUAUGUUAAGUGUAAUCAGUUUAAUUCAACUUUCAUUCCAGCUGUUGGCUUCCAGAGGUUUGUUGCAAAUCUUUUAGCUUUAGACGGUGUUUGUUUUUAGUGGCCUGCAUUCAGACACUGUUGUACCCUGUUGGCUCGGCUGCACUAUAACUAGCACCAGUGUGCAGAAGUUGUCUAUGUUUGUACAUUAAUUAUUAACGAUCACAAACCAAUCCUGCCAAUAGAUAACGGUUAGAACAGUGAUAUUUACAGUGCAAGAUUAUGUGGACAUAUUACUACCACUGAGGGGAAGAAUUUGUGCCAAAAUAACCCAACAUUACAGAGAGAGAGUUUUUGUUAAUAUUUGGGAUAAAUGUGCACAUUGAUACAAACUCAUGGGAUAUUUUAUAGAGGCUACAUCUAAAUUUUAAACAUAUUUUCUAACAAAAAUAAAGUGUUUUCUCUCUUUAAGUCCCAACAAAAAUAUGUUCCAUACAAACAUACAGAAGAGAGAAUACAUUCAAAGACCAAGAAAGAACUAUUGUCUUUUAUCCAGAGAAAGUUAUUGGGUUACACCUUGUUUACUGUUGUAAAGUUCUUGUGUAAUUUGUUAUGGUAUCAUAGAUUAAGGUUCUAUCUUUGAUAUGCUAUCUUAAAGAAUAAAGAUUGAUAUUUUUAUUGUUAAA